AUGAAAACAAAUAAGCACUGUGUUAAUAGAAAGUCUCCACGGCGGGCGUUUGCGCUACCCGCCAAGCCCUGGUCGGCACUGGCCGCCCGUAUCGUAAAUCUGCUUAUGUCAUGUAUCGUUUCCCGGGCCCGCCUCGUCCUACGCUUCCCAUACACGCCCUCUCUUCCCUCAUCCAAUAUAGCGGCGUUCCCCCCUGACCCGCCCGCUCACUCUGGCGUCCGGAAGCCUGCAAACUGUGUCCAGAUGUGCCUGCGCGCUUCCUAG